GGCGCCCGGAGCCCAGAGAAGUGCCCGCUUCGGUCAAGGUCACUUCGAGCUGUGGCCCACAUGCUGGGCCGGGCCCAUAUCAUGGGCGCGGGCUCUACUGAUCGAGCCUAGUCGGGCCGGAGCCGCGGCGGGCGCCAUUGAGGGGCCGGAGGAGGAGGAGGAGGAGGAGCAGGAGGAGGAGGAAGAGCAGCUGAGGCGGCGGCAGAUUCUCCUAUAACCAUGAGUGCAUGUGAGAGAGAAUGACAUUAGAGUCUUAAAUACCUCCUCAAGACACAGUCAUGUUGGAAGGUCUUGUAGCCUGGGUUCUCAAUACUUAUUUGGGCAAAUAUGUCAAUAAUUUGAACACUGACCAACUUUCAGUAGCUCUUCUAAAAGGUGCAGUUGAAUUGGAAAAUCUACCCCUAAAGAAAGAUGCUUUAAAAGAACUAGAAUUGCCAUUUGAAGUAAAAGCAGGUGUUAUUGGGAAGAUAACUCUUCAGAUUCCCUUCUACCGCCCUCACGUGGACCCUUGGGUGAUCUCCAUUUCCAAGCUUCAUUUAAUCGGUGCCCCUGAGAAACCACAAGAUUUCAAUGAUGAAAAGGAGAAGCUGUUGGAGAGGGAGCGUAAGAGAGCAUUGCUUCAAGCCCUGGAAGAAAAGUGGAAAAAUGAUCGUCAGCAGAAAGGAGAGUCUUACUGGUACUCCGUCACCGCCUCCGUGGUCACCAGGAUUGUGGAGAAUAUCGAGUUAAAAAUUCAGGAUGUCCAUUUGCGAUUUGAAGAUGACAUGACCAAUCCUUCCCACCCUUUUGCAUUUGGCAUCUGCAUAAAGAAUGUGUCUAUGCAAAAUGCUGUGAAUGAGCCUGUACAGAAAUUAAUGAGGAAAAAAGAGUUGGAUGUGGCCGAAUUCAGUAUCUAUUGGGAUGUGGAUUGCACUUUAUUGGGGGAUUUACCUCAAGUGGAGUUACAGGAAGCAAUGAACAAAAGCAUGGAAAGCCGUGAUCACCACUACAUUCUAGAGCCAGUAUGUGCAUCUGCCCUUUUGAAAAGAAAUUGUUCCAAGGAACCUCUGAGAUCCCGGCACACUCCUCGUAUUGAAUGUGACAUCCACCUGGAUACAAUCCCGCUGAAACUCUCUCAGCUGCAAUAUCGGCAAAUUAUGGAGUUCCUUAAGGAGCUGGAGCGAAAGGAGAGGCAGCUGAAGUUUCGAAAGUGGAAACCCAAAGUAGCAAUAUCAGAGAAUUGCCAGGAGUGGUGGUACUUUGCUUUGAAUGCUAAUUUGUCUGAGAUCAGAGAGCAGAGGAAACGAUGCACUUGGGACUUCGCAUUGCAUAGGGCCCGUGAUGCUGUCUCAUACACCGAUAAGUAUUUCAAUAAGUUAAAAGGAGCCUUGCUAUCUGCAGAUGAGGAGGAGGAAAUGUGUCGAAUCGAAGAGGAACAGACCUUUGAAGAGCUCAAGAUUUUACAUGAGUUGGUUCAUGACCGAUUCCAUAAACAGGAAGAACUGGCAGAGAACCUGCGAGAACCUUUAUCCAAUUCUCCUGGAGAAUCCCCCCUAGACGCAGAAGCUGGUGGAGGCAGUGGGAUGUUACAGUAUCUUCAGUCAUGGUUUCCUGGAUGGGGAGGCUGGUAUGGUCAGCAAACUCCUGAAGGAAGACCCAUUGAGGGGCUUGUCACAGAACAGCAGGAACAGUGGAAUCCUGAAGAUAUCCUGGGCACCGAAGAGUUUUUUGACCCAACUGCAGAUGCCUCUUGCAUGAACACAUUCACAAAGCGAGACCAUGUCUUUGCUAAACUGAAUUUGCAGCUACAGCGUGGGACAGUGACAUUAUUACAUCAAGAGAAAGGGGCUUCUCCGGGGAAUGAGAGUGCUUUUAUGCAGCUUGAAUUUUCAGAUGUGAAACUCUUAGCAGAAUCCCUGCCUCGGAGGAAUUCUUCUUUACUUUUGGUUCGGUUGGGUGGAUUGUUUCUCCAAGAUCUGGUGACUGAAGGAACGAUGUUUCCCCUUCUUGUCUUCCCUAACCCUCAAAAAGAAGUUGGCAGUGUCUCACAGUCCCUUGGUCUUCAAACAUCUUCAGACAGAAGUGAUCAGGGGCCUGCUACUGAUCCAGAUGCUCCAGUUUUUGAGAUGCUCUAUGAGAAGAAUCCAAUACACAGCCACUUUGAAAGGCGACUGAAUGUCAGCACCAGGCCCUUGAAUAUUGUUUAUAAUCCUCAGGCCAUUAAGAAAGUAGCAGAUUUUUUCUACAAGGGAAAGGUUCAUACCUCAGGUUUUGGCUAUCAGUCAGAACUUGAGUUGAGAGUUGCUGAAGCUGCCCGAAGACAAUAUAACAAACUGAAAAUGCAGACGAAGGCAGAAAUCCGACAAACUAUUGACCGUUUGCUAGUGGGUGAUUUCAUUGAGGAGAGCAAACGUUGGACAGUUCGGCUGGAUAUUUCUGCCCCUCAGGUGAUAUUCCCUGAUGAUUUCAAAUUUAAGAAUCCCGUGUUAGUUGUCGUGGACCUAGGAAGGAUAUUGCUCACUAAUACUCAAGAUGAUUAUAAGAAGAAAAGUACAGAAGGUUCCUCUUCUGAUCUGAAUGAGCUUAGUGAUGAUGAAUAUAAGACACCUCUUGCUACCCCUCCUAAUACCCCACCCCUUCAGACAAGCAGCAGGAAUGGAUUGAAAACCCCACCAUUUCCUGCAGUUGAAUUCAGUGAAGAACAACUUCAAGCACAUUUAAUGAGCACAAAGAUGUAUGAGAGAUAUUCCUUGUCAUUUAUGGACCUCCAGAUCAUGGUUGGACGAGUGAAAGACAAUUGGAAGCAUGUUCAAGACAUUGAUGUAGGACCCACCCAUGUGGUGGAGAAAUUCAAUGUGCACUUACAGUUAGAACGCCGAUUGAUUUAUACAUCAGAUCCCAGGUAUCCUGGGGCAGUGCUCUCAGGUAAUUUACCAGAUUUGAAAAUCCACAUCAAUGAAGAUAAAAUAUCUGCCUUGAAGAAUUGCUUUGCCCUCUUGACCACUUCAGAAGUGAAACCUUCUGAUGUUCUUAUCAAGGAGAAGAUUUUUCCUGAAGAAGAACAAGGGGAGAGCUUGCAAGACUCAGUAAUGAAUUUGACUCAGAGCAUUGUGGUUUUGGAGCAGCAUACGAGGGAGGUUCUAGUGGAAUCACAGCUCCUUUUAGCUGAAUUUAAAGUUAAUUGUAUGCAGCUUGGUGUUGAGAGCAAUGGUCGUUAUAUUUCUGUGCUCAAAGUGUUUGGUACCAAUGCUCAUUUUGUGAAGAGGCCUUAUGAUGCUGAAGUGUCACUCACUGUCCAUGGCUUACUCUUGGUGGACACUAUGCAGACUUAUGGUGCUGAUUUUGAUCUCUUAAUGGCUUCACACAAGAACUUGAGUUUUGAUAUUCCAACAGGAAGCCUCCGGGAUAGCAGGGCCCAGUCACCUGUCUCUGGACCUGAUGCAGCCACACUGAGUGAUCGAUGCAUUGCAGCCACUAAUGUUUCCCUUAAUAAUGUAAUUGCCAAAGAUCAGGAAUCACUCAUUAAAUUAGAAUACCAGUUUGUUAGUUCAGAAUGUCCCUCAAUGAAUUUAGAUAGCACCCUCCAAGUGAUAUCAUUACAGGUAAAUAAUUUAGAUAUCAUUUUGAAUCCAGAAACAAUUGUAGAGCUGAUUGGUUUUCUUCAAAAAUCCUUUCCUAAGGAAAAAGAUGAUUCUAGCCCUCAACCUUUAAUGACAGAUUUUGAAAGAAGUUUCAGGGAGCAAGAAACAUAUCAGUCUACUUAUGAACAAAACACAGAAGUUGCAGUGGAUAUUCAUAGACUCAACUUGCUUCUCCUUCGGACAGUGGGAAUGGCAAAUGGGGAAAAAUAUGGCAGAAAAAUUGCAACUGCAAGUAUAGGCGGAACCAAAGUUAAUGUCUCCAUGGGUAACACAGUUGAUGUGAACGGUUCUCUUGGUUGCUUGCAGCUUAUGGACUUGACACAAGAUAAUAUCAAGAACCAAUAUGUUGUCAGCAUUGGAAAUUCUGUAGACUAUGAAAAUAUUAUUAGUGAUAUUGGCUAUUUUGAAUCUGUCUUUGUUAAAAUGGAAGAUGCAGCUCUCACAGAAGCAUUGAGUUUCACAUUUGUUGAGAAAUCUAAACAGGAGUGUUCCCUUAACCUCAAGAUGGCGUCUCUGCAUUAUAACCACUCUGCUAAAUUUCUAAAGGAGUUAACACUAUCCAUGGAUGAACUUGAAGAGAAUUUCCAAAGCAUGUUGAGAAGUGCAGCCUCCAAAGUCACCACCGUUUUGGCCACCAAAACUGCAGAGUACAGUGAGAUGGUCUCGCUCUUUGAAACACCUCGGAAGCCUCGGGAUCCUUUUGUCUUCGAGGAAAAUGAGGUCUAUGGUUUGGACCCAUCCACAACUGUCAGUGACACUGUGAAGCUUAUCUUAAAUAUCAACAUUGAAUCUCCAGUUGUCUCAAUUCCUCGAAAGCCUGGGAGUCCUGAGCUGCUGGUAGGACAUUUAGGACAGAUCUUUAUCCAGAAUUUUGUGGCAGGUGAAGAUGAAUCAAGAAGUGACCGGCUUCAGGUAGAAAUCAAAGACAUUAAACUGUAUUCUCUGAACUGCGCUCAGUUGGCAGGCAGGAAGGGUUCUGGAUCUGAAGUAAGCCAGUCUCUUCACCCUUCUUCUGGUGCUGCUAGUGUUAAUAGCCAGGAGGAAACACAUUUCACCCGACAUGAUUUCUUUGAAUCUCUACAUAGAGGUCAAGCUUUCCACAUUCUGAACAAUACCACCAUCCAAUUUAAACUGGAAAAGAUUCCUAUAGAAAGGGAAUGUGAGCUGACCUUCACCCAUUGUCCAGAUGAUGUGGGAACCUCAAGUAUUAUGAAGAUUGAAGGAAAAUUUGUUAAUCCUGUUCAGGUGGUGUUGGCAAAACAUGUAUAUGAGCAAGUUCUACAAACAUUGGACAACCUAGUGUACAGCGAAGACUUGAAUAAAUUUCCAACCAAUUCUACCUCAUCACCUAUCCCUAAUUCUCCUCUUCCUUCCCUCAGUGCUGGUGGUGACCCUGGUAUUGAACGGAAAGAGAAUGGAUUGUUUAGCCAUUCUAGCUUUUCCAGUUCUUCUCAGAAGUCAUUGUCUGUGAGGGAAGUAAAAUCCUUCACACAGAUCCAAGCCAACUUUUGUAUUUCAGAGCUUCAGGUUCAGCUGAGUGGAGAUUUGACUUUAGGAGCCCAAGGUCUUGUGAGCUUAAAGUUUCAGGAUUUUGAUGUUGAAUUCAGUAAAGACCAUCCUCAGACCUUGUCCAUUCAGAUUGCUUUGCGCUCUCUGCUGAUGGAAGACCUUUUAGAGAAGAAUCCAGAUUCAAAGUAUAAGAACUUAAUGGUGUCUCGAGGAGCCCCCAAACCAUCUAGCUUAGUGCAUAAGGAAUAUCUUUCCCAGUCUUGCCCCUUGGUAUCCAAUGUGGAGUAUCCUGAUAUGCCCCGGUCUCUACCUUCCCACAUGGAAGAAGCUCCAAAUGUCUUUCAGUUGUACCAAAGGCCUACCUGCACAUCCCGGAAAAAAUACAAAGAAGACAAAGGCAAAGAUUAUACCUUGACCCCACCUCCUUCUCCAACUAUGGAUGAACCCAAGGCCUUUUAUGGAAAGAGUAAAUUUGAUGAUUCUUUGGUCCACAUUAACAUAUUCCUUGUGGACAGGAAGCACCCUGAGUUUUCUUCUUGCUAUAAUCGAAUCAACAGGAGUGUUGAUGUUGAUUUUAACUGUCUUGAUGUACUGAUCACUCUGCAGACAUGGGUGGUAAUAUUAGACUUCUUUGGAAUUGGUUCUACUGCGGACAAUCAUGCAAUGAAGACAGAGCCCGCAGACAUUCAGCAAACAGUAAAGUCAGAAACUAGCACUGUGCUAGAGACUGAUGUUCAAGAGCCUGUUAAUACUAAGCUGGAUCUCAAGGUUCAUUCACUUUCUCUUGUGCUGAAUAAGACUACUAGUGAGUUGGCCAAAGCAAAUGUGUCCAAAUUAGUGGCUCAUCUGGAAAUGAUUGAGGGAGAUCUUGCUUUACAAGGAAGUAUUGGGAGCUUGUCUUUAAGUGACCUGACUUCUCAUGGAGAGUUCUACAGAGAGCGGUUCACUACAAGUGGAGAAGAGGCUCUGAUCUUCCAGAUAUUCAAAUAUGGACGACCUGACCCGUUGCUCCAAAGAGAGCAUGACAUUCGAGUAAACAUCCAGAUGGCAUCAGUGCAGUAUGUCCACACUCAGCGCUUUCAGGCUGAGGUGGUGGCUUUCAUUCAGCAUUUCACUCAGUUGCAAGAUGUUCUAGGGCGCCAGAGAGCUGCUAUUGAGGGACAAACGGUGAGAGAUCAAGCUCAACGUUGCUCUCGAGUUCUUCUAGAUAUUGAAGCUGGUGCUCCUGUUCUCCUUAUCCCGGAAAGUUCCAGAUCAAAUAAUUUAAUUGUAGCAAAUCUGGGGAAACUGAAAAUCAAGAACAAGUUUCUCUUUGCAGGAUCUCCUGGGACCUUCUCCUUGCAAGGCAAGGAUUUGAUUUUAAGUGGCAGUACAUACAAGGAUCGUUUGUGCUUCAAGGAAUCUGCCCCUUUGUCUUCCCCAAUGGGCACUCCCAAACACAGCAUGAAGAAAACAGUGAGUGUUGAAGACUCCAGGGGUAUCCAGUCAGAGGGGCUUUUCAUGACGCCCCCUGCUGGGACCAGCAUGGCACGCCUGAAGAAUGAAGCCCCGACCAGUGCUCUGACCAGCCCGCCAGGGCAGCAAGCCCAUUCCCCUGUCAGCCGUGCUCCCAGUAGUCCAGAAGAUUAUAUUUGCCUGCUGGACUGUAUUGUUGUGGACCUGCAGGACAUGGACAUCUUUGCUGCCGAGAGAAGACCCCGGGAAUAUUCUAAGGCACUGGAGAAUACUAGUGGUGAUCUGACCUUCCCAUCCUACUCUGUCAGACAGACAGGUGGAAGCCUCCUGACUGAGCCCUGUAGGCUGAAAUUGCAGGUGGAAAGGAAUUUGGACAAGGAAAUAAGUCAUACAGUGCCAGACAUAUCCAUUCAUGGUAACCUGUCCUCAGUUCACUGUUCAUUGGAUUUAUGUAAAUAUAAGCUGAUUCGUGGUUUACUGGAAAACAACCUUGGAGAGCCCAUCGAGGAAUUUAUGCGUCCUUAUGACUUACAAGACCCCAGAAUACUUACUGUGCUGAGUGGUGAAGUCUACACUUGCAUGUGUUUCCUCAUCGACAUGGUGAAUGUCAGUCUAGAACUUAAAGACAAAAAAGGAAAAGAAGGAGCUGGAUCCUUGGCCAGAUUUGACUUUAAGAAAUGCAAGCUGCUUUUUGAGAGUUUUUCCAACCAAACUAAAUCUAUAAACCUGGUUUCCCACUCCAUGAUGGCUUUUGACACCCGCUAUGCUGGGCAGAAGACAAGUCCUGGUAUGCCAAAUGUGUUCAACUGCAUCUUUCAGCCCUCGAAGAACAGCACAACUCAAGGAUCAAUUCAGAUUGAGUUGCAUUUCAGAUCCACCAAGGAUUCUUCCUGUUUUACAGUAGUUCUCAACAACCUUCGAGUGUUCCUCAUAUUUGACUGGUUACUGCUGGUCCAUGAUUUUCUCCAUACUCCCAGUGAUGUCAAGAAACAAGACAGUGUAACACCUUCACGCCAACGUAACUAUAACAGUGAAACAACAGUGUUCCCCAAAACAGUGAAAAGUGGGGUAGUUACAAAGCGGUCUUCUCUCCCUGUAUCUACAGAGAGGCACCUGGAAGUCAAGGUCAAUGUAACAGGCACUGAAUUUGUGGUAGUUGAAGAUAUGUCAUGCUUUGAUACUAAUGCCAUAAUUUUAAAAGGAACUACAGUGCUCACCUAUAAGCCCAGAUUUGUGGAUCGCCCUUUUUCUGGAAGCCUGUUUGGAAUUGAGGUGUUUUCGUGCCGUCUGGGGAAUGAGCAGGACACAGCUCUCUCCAUUGUUGAUCCAGUACAAAUUCAAAUUGAGCUGGUGGGAAAUUCAUCUUAUCAAAACAGCUCUGGGUUGAUGGAUGCCUUCAAUAGUGAAGAUUUCCCCCCUAUUCUGGAGAUUCAUUUACAAAGCCUAGACAUCAGACUCUCCUACAAUGAUGUUCAGCUGUUUUUGGCCAUUGCAAAAUCCAUCCCGGAGCAGGCUAGUGUUGCAGUGCCAGACCCAGCAGUACUGGAGGCAGCCUCUGCUAGUAGUCAUCUUCCAGGGCCUUCUCGAAGCAGUGACACCUCAGUAAUCCCUGAAACCAGGGACAGCCCCAGGCAUACGCUAGACCCUCUCCUAGAGUUACAACUGGCCCGACUGCAAGAACUGGGCUUUAGUAUGGAAGAUUGUCGCCGAGCUCUUUUGAUGUGUCAAGGACAACUGAAAAAGGCGGCAACUUGGUUGUUUAAAAAUGCUGAGCCCCUAAAGUCCAUCUCACUAGUUUCUAACAGUAAAGAUAAUCAGGGGACUCUGCCAACACAAUUGAUAUCGGGAGUAGAGAUUAAAGCUGAAAAUGUGUGCAUCUGUUUUAUUGAUGAUUGCAUGGAUUGCGAUGUUCCCCUAGCAGAGCUUACCUUUUCCCGUUUGAAUUUUCUGCAGCAUGUGAGAACCAGCCCUGAAGGUCAUGCCCAUUUUACUCUCUCAGGGGAUUAUUACAACCGUGCAUUGUCAGGCUGGGAGCCAUUUAUUGAACCAUGGCCAUGCUCUGUAUCCUGGCAACAACAGGCAGCCAGUCGUCUCCAUCCUCCACGACUGAAAUUGCAAGCCAAAGCCCAACCUCGUUUGGAUAUCAACAUCACCUCUGUACUGAUAGAUCAGUAUGUAAGUACCAAAGAAUCAUGGAUGGCAGAUUAUUGUAAACAGGACAAGGAAAUGGAUAUAGCCAAAUCAGAAAGUUGGAUGGGCUCUUCUGUGGAUCCUCCAUGCUUCGGACAAAGCCUACCCCUUGUCUACCUUAGGACUAGGAGUACAGCCAGUCUGACUAACCUAGAGCACCAGAUCUAUGCUAGAGAAAUGAAAACCCCCAAACGCCGGCAGCCAUUUGUCCCCUUUGCUCUGAGGAAUCAUACAGGGUGCACCUUGUGGUUUGCUACGCUAACAACUACCCCAACCCGGGCAGCCUUGUCUCACAGUGGAAGCCCAGGACUGGUUCCAGAGGGAAACAGAACUUUCCUUGAUGAUGCCCACAAGGUCAGUGAGUGGCGGGAAGUCCUCACGGGGGAAGAAAUUCCUUUUGAAUUUGAAGCAAGAGGAAAACUAAGGCACAGGCAUACCCAUGACCUCCGAAUCCACCAGUUGCAAGUGAGAGUGAAUGGCUGGGAACAAGUGAGCCCUGUGUCUGUGGACAAAGUGGGAACCUUUUUCCGAUAUGCUGCCCCUGACAAAAAUUCAUCAUCUUCCACGAUUGGCAGUCCUAGCAGCAGAACAAAUAUAAUACAUCCUCAAGUCUAUUUCUCUUCACUCCCGCCAGUCCGAGUGGUUUUUGCUGUGACCAUGGAAGGCAGUGCUCGAAAGGUUAUCACCGUCCGCUCAGCUCUGAUUGUGAAGAACAGACUGGAGACACCAAUGGAGCUAAGGCUUGACAGCCCCUCUGCUCCUGACAAACCUGUCGUGCUCCCAGCUAUCAUGCCAGGGGAUUCAUUUGCAGUUCCUUUACACCUUACUUCUUGGCGGUUACAGGCUCGGCCCAAAGGGAUGGGAGUAUUUUUUUGUAAGACUCCAAUCCACUGGACUACUGUGGUGAAGACCACAGAAGUUAGUAGCAGUAAAAGAGAGUGCCACUCGAUGGAUACAGAAAAAAGCAGAUUUUUCAGGUUUUGUGUGGCUAUAAAGAAAGAGAAUUAUCCAGAUUACAUACCCUCAAAAAUAUUUUCUGACAGUGCUAAACAGAUUUUCAGACAGCCUGGGCACACCAUUUAUCUCUUACCAACUGUGGUAAUCUGUAACUUGCUACCUUGUGAGCUUGACUUUUAUGUUAAAGGGAUGCCGAUUAAUGGGACGCUGAAACCUGGCAAAGAGGCUGCCUUGCAUACAGCAGACACAUCUCAGAACAUUGAGCUGGGAGUAUCUCUGGAGAAUUUCCCACUAUGUAAAGAGCUUCUAAUUCCUCCUGGGACUCAAAACUAUAUGGUACGAAUGAGACUGUAUGAUAUCAACCGGCGGCAGUUAAAUCUUACUAUCCGGAUUGUGUGUCGAGCUGAAGGGUCCUUGAAAAUCUUUAUUUCUGCUCCAUAUUGGCUGAUCAACAAAACAGGGUUACCACUGAUUUUUAGACAAGACAAUGCAAAGACAGAUGCUGCAGGACAGUUUGAAGAACAUGAGCUGGCUCGGAGCCUGAGCCCUCUUUUAUUCUGUUAUGCUGACAAAGAACAGCCAAAUCUCUGUACCAUGAGGAUCGGUAGGGGGAUCCACCCUGAAGGUGUGCCUGGCUGGUGCCAGGGCUUUUCACUGGAUGGUGGGAGUGGAGUUCGAGCCCUGAAAGUGAUACAACCAGGAAACCGGCCUGGCCUGAUUUAUAACAUUGGUAUUGAUGUCAAAAAAGGCCGAGGUCGCUACAUUGAUACUUGCAUGGUCAACUUUGCACCCAGAUAUCUGCUAGAUAAUAAGUCAUCUCAUAAGCUAGCUUUUGCACAGAGAGAAUUUGCCAAGGGACAGGGAACAUCCAAUCCUGACGGUUAUAUCUCUACCCUCCCUGGUUCCAGUGUGGUUUUCCACUGGCCCCGAAAUGACUACGAUCAGCUCUUAUGUGUGCGUCUGAUGGAUGUCCCUAACUGUGUUUGGUCUGGAGGCUUUGAAGUUAACAAGAACAACUCAUUCCAUAUCAAUAUGAGAGAUACCCUAGGCAAAAGCUUCUUUCUUCGAGUGGAAAUUACUCUCCGAGGAGCCACAUAUAGAAUUUCAUUCAGUGACACAGAUCAGUUACCUCCUCCUUUCCGAAUUGACAACUUUUCCAAGGUCCCAGUUGUCUUUACUCAGCACGGCGUGGCUGAGCCCAGGCUCCGAACUGAAGUGAAGCCCAUGACCUCACUGGAUUAUGCGUGGGAUGAGCCUGUCCUGCCACCUUUCAUCACAUUAACUGUUAAAGGAGCGGGCUCCUCAGAGAUUAACUGCAACAUGAAUGAUUUCCAGGACAACUGGCAACUUUAUUAUGAAAACUUCAUCUAUAUAGCUGCUACAUAUACAUUCUCAGGAAUGCAGGAGGGAACAGGAAGGCCUGUGGCUUCCAACAAGGCUGUUACUUAUGGAGAGCUUGUCCUAGAUGUCUCACCCAAAACGCAAAGAGUUAUAUUAAAGAAAAAGGAACCAGGAAAGCGCUCUCAGCUGUGGAGAAUGACUGGGACUGGCAUGUUGGUCCACGAAGGCUCCUCAGUUCCUCACAACCCUAAUAAACCUGCAGCUUCCCGUUCUGUUGAAGGGUCUGCCAUUCUAGACAUUGCUGGUCUCGCUGCUGUGACAGAUAACAGAUUUGAACCUCUGAUGCUGAGAAAGCCCGAUCGUCGGCGCAGCACAACCCAGACGUGGAGUUUCCGUGAAGGAAAGCUGACUUGUGGGUUGCAUGGGCUUGUUGUACAGGCAAAAGGAGGAAUCUCUGGUUUAUAUGAUGGAGCAGAAGUUGUUCUUGGUCCUGAUACUUCUCUGGAACUUUUGGGACCAGUUCCACCUGAGCAGCAAUUUAUUGAUCACAAAAUGAGACCUGGAUCUGGGAUAUUAGCUAUUAAAGUUAUUCCAGAUGGACCAACUCGAGUACUCCAGAUAACAGACUUCAGCCAGCGGAAAAAUGACCGUCCUUCAUAUGAAGCGGAUGACCUUCCUGUUACUGAACAAGAGUUACGGAAAUUUAAGAGCCCAGAUACAGAGCAGGAAUUAGAAGUUCUCGUGAAACUAGAAGGUGGAAUUGGGUUGUCUUUAAUUAAUAAAACUCCAGAAGAACUAGUCUUUGCCAGCUUAACAGGAAUCAAUGUUCAUUACACACAACUCUCAACCAGUCACAUGCUUGAACUCAGCAUUCAGGAUGUACAGGUGGACAAUCAACUCAUUGGUACCACACAGCCCUUCAUGCUUUUUGUGACCCCUUUGAGUAAUGAGAAUGAAGUCAUUGAAAUGGGCCCAGCUGUACAAGUCAAUGCAGUCAAGUUCCCUAGUAAAAGUUCCCUGACUAACAUCUACAAGCAUCUGAUGAUCACAGCUCAGAGGUUCACGGUGCAAAUUGAAGAAAAACUACUCCUUAAACUGUUAAGUUUCUUCGGCUAUGACCAAGCAGAAUCAGAGGUGGAAAAAUAUGAUGAAAAUCUCCACGAAAAGACUACUGAACAAGAUGGGACACCAACUCGAUAUUACUUUGAAAAUCUCAAAAUCAGUCUACCUCAGAUCAAACUGAGUGUAUUCACCUCUAACAAGCUGCCUUUAGAUCUUAAGGCCCUGAAAAGCACCUUGGGCUUUCCACUCAUUCGAUUUGAAGAUGCUGUAAUCAACUUGGACCCAUUUACGAGAGUUCACCCUUAUGAAACAAAAGAGUUUAUCAUUAAUGAUGUUCUCAAACACUUCCAAGAGGAACUCCUUAGUCAAGCUGCUAGGAUACUGGGGUCAGUUGAUUUCCUUGGCAAUCCUAUGGGGCUUCUGAAUGAUGUAUCUGAAGGUGUUACUGGACUAAUAAAGUAUGGAAAUGUUGGGGGCCUUAUACGAAAUGUGACACAUGGAGUAUCAAACUCGGCUGCCAAGUUUGCUGGGACUUUAUCAGAUGGUUUGGGGAAGACCAUGGACAAUCGACACCAAACAGAGCGAGAAUAUAUUCGAUACCAUGCAGCAACGAGUGGAGAACAUCUUGUGGCUGGCAUCCAUGGCCUGGCUCAUGGUAUCAUUGGUGGAUUGACCAGUGUAAUAACCUCAACGGUAGAGGGUGUAAAAACCGAAGGAGGAGUUAGUGGUUUCAUAUCUGGUCUUGGAAAAGGGCUCGUUGGCACAGUGACCAAGCCAGUGGCGGGUGCUCUCGAUUUUGCAUCAGAAACAGCUCAGGCGGUGAGAGACACUGCAACACUCAGUGGCCCCAGGACCCAAGCCCAGAGAGUACGGAAACCCCGUUGCUGUACAGGACCCCAAGGACUGCUUCCCAGGUACUCAGAGAGCCAGGCUGAUGGACAAGAGCAGUUAUUCAGACUGACUGACAACAUUCAAGAUGAGUUCUUUAUAGCUGUCGAGAACAUCGACAGCUACUGCGUCCUCAUCUCCUCCAGAGCCGUUUACUUCCUAAAAAGCGGGGACUACGUCGAUCGAGAGGCCAUCGUCCUGGAAGUCCGAUAUGACGACCUCUACCAUUGCCUUGUCUCCAAAGACCAUGGGAAGGUGUAUGUGCAGCUGACCAAGAAAGCUGUGAAUACAAGCAGUGGAGUUGUGAUUCCUGGGCCUUCCCAUCAGAAACCAAUGGUCCACGUGAAAUCAGAGAUCCUUGCAGUUAAAUUAUCCCAAGAAAUAAACUAUGCAAAAAGCCUUUACUAUGAGCAACAACUUAUGUUGAGACUCAGUGAGAAUCAAGAGCAGUUGGAGCUGGACUCCUGAAGAAACCCCUCCUGCUUGAGAGAGAGAGAGAGAGAGAACGAACAGCCCACAAGAGCACAGCCACCAGACACCAGCCCCUAAGCCUUAGGGCUGAAGAGUCCCAUUCUGUUGGCCGAAUAAAUCUGAGGAACAAGAUAAAGUGAGCACUGUUGAGGGGGAAAUAUAAAUGAGAAAAACUACAUUCAAUAUUUGGGGGCACUUUAAGAUUAUGGGGAAGAAUUUUUAAAAAGGUGUUGGUUGAAUAACGUCAAAAAUAUGCAUCUGAGAUGAACUUAGCUUUUAGAUGGCCCUGUAUUUUGUUAACAUGUAUAUAUGUACAACUGUGCGCUUGUAAAUAUAUAAGAAAGUUUCAGAGCAGGACCUGUAGUGUGUGUAAAGGUUUAUUUACUGUAAAGAAAUUAAAAAUUAUAUCAAAUCUUUUAUUGCACUAAUUCUAUGCAUUUACUACAGGGCACUCUGUAUAGAAGAUAUACUUGAGAGUUGAGGAAUGUCAUGUAUUAUUUUUAAAAGAAAAUUAAAGUAUUCAUAGAAGUGGAUCUAGCUGAGAUCCAAUAUAUAUUAAAGAGCUAUAAUAGGCCUUUGGAAGUCUGAUUGUUCAGGCUGGAGUCCCAAUCCAAAUCUCUGCAUUCUGCUCAGCAUUCCAAACCAGAAGCAAGUUCCUGCCCCUUCUCAGAAGGGGAAACAAGGCAGGCUGGUAGGUUUUCCUCUGAUGUCCUGUCUCCUGCGUUCUAUACCAAAGCCCCUCUUUGUCAAGGGGUGGGGCUUUCCAGAAUGAAUUGCUCCGUGCAUUUCUUGCCCCCAGUUGAAAGAUGAUUCUGUUUUCACAAGCUGUUUUUGAAGUGCUUUGUCUUUAUAACCAGUAAGCCAAAUCUUUGGGGAGAAAAACACCCGACAGCAACACUAACUUGUGUUCCCUUACCAAAAAUAAGUUACACUUUGUGAGUAUUUCUCUGCUUGUUAUUAGUGGUCACUUUGUAGUAUUGCUAAGAAAGACCAUGACAAUUGGGGUGAAGAAGCCUCAUUACAGCAUUUCUUUCAUCAGAAAAUUACAGCAAGUAUGAAUCUAAUUCCAACCUUCCCACACACACACGCCCCACCCUAGGAAGAACAGCAAGGAGGCACAUGGGGACAGAUCCGUACACUGGCGCCCCAGGCCGACAGAAAUGGAGAGAAGGUCCUUGUAAGCUAAGGAAAGGAAGCGGCUUGGGCUGAACAUCUUGUUUUGCUGUGGAACGAUGUGUUGGUCAACUCUGUUCAGUGAAAUAGCAAUGGUGUCUUUUGAAAAAUGGCCCUUGGCUCUCUGGGUUGAGCCCGUGUAGGCAGUCCUACCCAAGAUGGAAUCCAUGGUGAAAAUUCUCAUUUUCUCGCCCUCCACAACAACAGACUGGCCCCCAGAUUGAAACUUUUGUUUCCCCCCUUUCCCCUCCCACACACCCUUCUUCAGGACUGGCCUCUCCCUAGAGCUGACUUGCUCCUUGUGUUUUAAGUGAGACUGUUUGAUUUUUAAACAUUUGUUAUGUGAAGAACACCCACACACACACCCCCAGUGGAUGUGUGGAUGAUUUUAAUGUUUGGUUUGUGACUCAAACCCAUCCAAGACACAAAUGAAGCUGGUGUCUCCCAUACGCAUUUCUCAUGCUGUUUUCCUCAGCACAAACACAUAGGCAGAAAGUCUCGUCAUGGAGUCAGCCCUGUUGGACUCCACAACUUUGUCCCUUCCCACUUUGUCCCCCUUUAAGGAGUGAAACAAGGCCCAAAGCUUCAGAAGAGUAGAGGUCUUUCCUUAUUGCUGGGGACUCCUAUUUGUACAGGCUCUCACACCCAGCUGAGCAAGGACUCCCAGAGUCAGAUCAUCUCCUUCGUUUGCCCUCCGUCCAGCUGGGGUUCUGCCUCGAAAAGGCCCCUUUGUGAUCACUGAACACCUCCUAAACCAGACCCUCGUAAAGGGAGGGAAGGACCUCACCACACCCAGAGUGGGCUGCCUUCUCCGCCCGAGCUCCAGGCCUCCAGAAAUGGAGCCACGUGACUGGUCUGUGGGUAGAAGAGGCACAUCGUUCCCAGAGAAAGCCACCCUGGCCCGCGGCUGCUGCCAAAAUACACUCCCAUGGAACCACAGAGCUCUCUGCACUGCCAAAUGGUGGGCCCGCAGGGACUCUGAAAGCUGCUGUUCAAAAUGACCUCUCCACCCGCAGCGCCUUUCUAAUUUUAGUCAACUCUUUAAAUAGUUGAAAAUCUCCUCAGCAUUGCACAAGAGUCAACUUUGAAAUCUGAGCUACGGAAGGGUCAUGUUCAGCACCGAUCUCAAGGCGACGCGGGGCGGAUGGUUGGGGAUGGAAGCCCAGCUCGUGUUUGGUUAGAAUCUGCCUGGUGACGAGGCUUCAGGGCCCGCGAAGAACCCCCUCCAGCAAGGGGGAGGCUGAUGGAGGAGGACUCGAUGCACUUCACCAGAAUCCUGUUCCCAUAUGUCACUAUUGGCUUUCCCCGGGUUGCAGUAAAGGAACUUUUUUUGGUUUUUUUUAGCCCUAAGAAAGUGCUGCCAUUUUGUAUCUGGAGGGUAAUAUCCAGGAUUUGGCUGUGAUCUAUGCUGGCCUUCAUGCUGCCUCUAUCAUACACAUGGUUCUGUUUCUAGAUAGGGUUUUUCUUUUUGGUUGAUUUGGAUUUUUUUUUUUUUUUUACCUUAAAACAAUUCCUACCAAGAGCAAGUGAAGCAGAGGGGACCCUGCCCCUUUUAUAGCAGCGUCCAGGAAGUCAGAAGCACCCCAGAUCCCCAGCUCCGGCCACCCAGUGUUGUUGCUGCCUAACACCAGUUGCCUUUCUUUUCUCAGUGGAAAUGUUAGCCCUGCCUGUCCAUCAUGAGAUUAAGAAGAGCGGAGUCCGUGUCCCCAUAAUGCCUCACUUCCUGGCAUGAAUGUUCCGCCCUGUUGUGGGGGCAGAGAAGGGAGACAGGAGGGACCCUGGGGGGAGCUCCAUUUCCCAUUAUUAUUUGUGCCUCAGAUUCUAUAGCAGCUGCGUCGACCAUUACCAUAACAGAUGUGUAAGAAAACAAUCUUGAAAGUAAUCCCGAUAUCUGUUUUGUCACUGUAAACAGUACCCUCACCGAUCUGUUAAGGCUCCUUCCUGUGGAAUAAAAUAGUUUAUUGAC